AUGUUCAACCUGAUGAAGAAAGACAAAGAGAAGGAUGGGGCCAGGAAGGAGAAGAAAGAAAAGAAGGAGAAGAAGGAGCGGAUGUCGGCGGCCGAGCUCAAGAGCCUGGAGGAGAUGAGCAUGCGGAGGGGCUUCUUCAACCUCAACCGUGCGUCCAAGCGGGACUCCAAGGCGCGCCUGGAGAUCUCCAACCCCAUCCCCAUCAAGGUGGCCAGUGGCUCUGAUCUGCACCUCACCGACAUCGACUCUGACAGCAACCGGGGCAGCGUCAUCCUGGACUCGGGCCACCUGAGCACGGCCAGCUCCAGCGACGACCUCAAGGUGGACGACGCCAACUUCAAGGGCUCGGUGCUGCAGCGGGCGGCCAAGUUUGGCUCCUUGGCCAAGCAGAACUCACAGAUGAUCGUUAAGCGCUUCUCCUUCUCACAGAAGAGCCGCGAUGAGAGCGCGUCGGAGACCUCCACCCCCUCGGAGCACUCAGCAGCCCCCUCCCCUCAGGUGGAGGUACGCGCACUGGAGGCUCAGCUCUCCAAGCAAGGCGCACCCCAAGGGCAUCCCCGCACCCCUCCUGUGCCCUCCUCGAUCUCCAGACCCCCAGAGCUGGUGAGCAAGAGGUUUACUGCAGAGCUGCGCCUGCCCGCCCUGGUGCCCCCGCAGCCUCCGGCACCUCGGCAGCUGGAGCUGCAGAGACGCAACACCGGUGAUUUUGGCUUUUCGCUGCGCCGCACCACCAUGCUGGACUGUGCCCCCGAUGGCCAGGUGUAUCGCCGCGUCGUGCAUUUUGCUGAACCCGGCGCCGGCACCAAGGAUUUGGCACUGGGAUUGGUGCCAGGCGAUCGCUUGGUGGAGAUCAACGGGAAAAACGUGGAGAAUAAAACACGGGAUGAGAUCGUGGAGAUGAUCCGGCAAUCCGGUGAGACGGUGCAGCUGAAGGUGCAGCCCAUCCUGGAGCUGAGCGAGCUGAGCCGCUGCUGGCUGCGGGGCGCCGAGGGGACGCGCCGUGCCGCGUGGGAUGCCAAGACAGAGGAGCAAAUCGCUGCUGAGGAGGCUUGGUAUGAGACUGACAAGGUGUGGCUGGUGCACAAGGAUGGCUUCUCCUUGGGCAGCCAGCUGCGGCCGGAGGAGCCCAGUGCCCUGCCCGAGGGCAAGGUGAAGGUGAAGCUGGACCACGACGGAGCUGUCUUGGAGGUAGAGGAGGACGACGUGGAGAAGGCGAACCCUCCGUCCUGUGAGCGCGCGGAGGACCUCGCCAGCCUCCUCUACCUCAACGAGUCCAGCGUCCUGCACACGCUGCGGCAGCGCUAUGGCAGCAACCUCAUCCACACCUACGCCGGCCCGGCCAUGGUGGUCAUCAACCCGCUGAGCUCCCCCUCCAUGUAUUCUGAGAAGGUGAUGCACAUGUUCAAGGGGUGCCGCCGGGAGGACGCGUCCCCGCACAUCUACGCCGUGGCGCAGGCCGCCUACCGCAGCAUGCUGAUGGGCCGCCAGGACCAGGCGGUGGUGCUGCUGGGCGCCAGCGGCAGCGGCAAGACCACCAACUGCCAGCACCUCGUCCAGUACCUCGCCACCAUCGCCGGCAGCACCGGCAAGGUCUUCUCCGCGGAGAAGUGGCAGGCGCUCUACACCGUCCUGGAGGCUUUUGGCAAUAGCAGCACCAGCAUGAACGGCAAUGCUACGCGCUUCUCCCAGAUCAUCUCCCUGGAUUUCGACCAGGCUGGGCAGGUGGCAUCCGCCUCCAUACAGACAUUGCUGCUGGAGAAGCUGCGUGUUGCCCGGCGCCCAGCCAAUGAGGCCACAUUCAAUGUUUUCUACUACCUGCUGGCCUGCUCCGACAGCACCCUGCGGACAGAGCUGCACUUCAACCACCUGGCGGAGAACAACGUCUUUGGCAUUGUGCCCCUCGCCAAGCCAGAGGAGAAACAGAAGGCUACCCAGCAGUUCAACAAGCUGCAGGCUGCCAUGAAGGUGAUGGGCAUCUCCAGCGAUGAGCAGAAAGCCUUCUGGCUGGUCCUGGGGGCCAUCUACCACCUGGGGGCUGCUGGAGCCACCAAAGACGCCGACGAAGCUGGCAGGAAGCAGUUUGCACGACACGAGUGGGCUCAGAAAGCCGCCUACCUGCUGGGCUGCAGCCUGGAGGAGCUCUCCUCCUCCAUCUUCAAGCACCAGCCCAAGGGCAGCCUGCAGCGUUCCACCUCUUUCAGACAGGGCCCCGAGGAGCCGGGCAUGGGUGAUGGCACAGGUCCCAAGCUGACGGCGCUGGAGUGCCUGGAGGGCAUGGCUGCAGGCUUGUACUCGGAGCUCUUCACCCUGCUUAUCUCCCUGCUUAAUAGGGCACUCAAGUCAAGCCAGCACUCGGUGUGCUCAGUGACGGUGGUGGACACCCCUGGGGCACAGAACCCCGAGGUGGUGGGGCAGAGCCGAGGGGCCACCUUUGAGGAGCUGUGCCACAACUACGCCCAGGAGCGCCUGCAGCUCCUCUUCCACCAGCGCACCUUCGCCCAGGAGCUGGAGCGCUACAAGGAGGAAAACAUAGAGCUCGCUCUGGCUGACACAGAGCCCACUUCCUGGGGCUCUGUAGCUGCUGUAGACCAGCCCUCCCACCAGGCACUGGUCCGCUCACUGGCGCGCACUGAUGAGGCACGGGGGCUGCUGUGGCUGCUGGAGGAGGAGGCCCUGCAGCCAGGUGGCAGCGAGGACACCUUGCUGGAGCGGCUCUUGGCCUACUAUGGCCCCCAGGAGGGGAGCAAGAAAGGACAUGACCCGCUGCUGCCCAGCGACAAACCCCGGCACUUCUUCUUGGGCCACAGCUCGGGCACCAACUGGGUGCACUACGAUGCCACAGGCUGGCUCAACCACGUCAAGCACAACCCAGCCACCCAGAACGCCUCCGUGCUUCUUCAGGAGUCGCAGAAGAAGAUCAUCAGCAGCCUGUUUGCAGGGCGCGGCAGCUCGGCGCUGGUGCUGUCGGGCUCGGUGGCAGGGCUGGAGGGGGGCUCACAGCUGGCCCUGCGCCGGGCCACCAGCAUGCGAAAAACCUUCACCACUGGGGUGGCUGCAGUCAAGAAGAAAUCACUGUGCAUCCAGGUCAAGCUGCAAGUGGAUGCCCUCAUCGACAGCAUCAAGAAAUCCAAGCUGCACUUUGUGCACUGCUUCCUACCCAAAGCGGCGGGGAGCGGUGGGGACCCCCGAGGGCUGCCGUGCCGCCGGGUGAGCGGCAGUGAGCUGGAGCUGCCGGCCGAGCACUGCGAGCCCGCGGGGCUGAUGCAGCUGGAUGUGCCCCUGCUGCGCGCUCAGCUCCGCGGCUCCCGCCUGCUCGAUGCCCUCCGCAUGUACCGACAAGGCUACCCUGACCAUAUGGUGUUUGCUGAGUUCCGGCGGCGCUUUGACGUGCUGGCCCCACACCUCACCAAGAAGCACGGCCGCAACUACAUCGUGAUGGAUGAGAAGCGGGCAGUCGAGGAGCUCCUGGAGUCGCUGGACCUGGAGAAGAGCAGCUAUCACAUGGGUCUGAGCCGGGUGUUUUUCCGUGCUGGCUCACUGGCCAGGUUGGAGGAGCAGCGGGACGCGCAGACCAGCAGGAACAUCACCCUGUUCCAGGCGGCGUGCAGGGGCUUCCUGGCACGGCAGCACUUCAAGAAGAGGAAGAUCCAGGAUUUGGCCAUCCGCUGCGUGCAGAAGAACAUCAAGAAGAACAAAGGGGUGAAGGAUUGGCCCUGGUGGAAGCUCUUCACCACCGUGAGGCCCCUCAUCGAGGUGCAGCUCACUGAGGAGCAGAUCCGUGGCAAGGACGAAGAGAUCCAACAGCUGAAGAGCAAACUUGAGAAAGUAGAGAAGGAGCGCAACGAGUUGCGGCUCAACAGCGACCGCCUGGAGAGCAGGAUCACGGAGCUGACAUCGGAGCUGACAGACGAACGCAACACGGGCGAGUCAGCCUCGCAGCUGCUGGACGCCGAGACGGCCGAGAGGCUGCGUGCCGAGAAGGAGAUGAAGGACCUGCAGGCCAAGUACGAUGCUCUGAAGAAGCAGAUGGAAUCCAUGGAGAUGGAGGUGAUGGAGGCUCGGCUCAUCCGUGCGGCCGAGCUCAACGGGGAGCUGGACGACGAUGACUCAGGCGGCGAGUGGAGGCUGAAAUACGAGCGGGCGGUGCGGGAGAUCGACUUCACCAAGAAGCGGCUACAGCAGGAGCUGGAGGACAAGCUGGAGGUGGAGCAGCAGGGCAAGAGGCAGCUGGAGCGCAGGCUGGCAGACCUGCAGGCGGACGGUGAGGAGAGCCAGCGGGCGCUGCAGCAGCUGAAGAAGAAGUGCCAGCGGCUGGCGGCCGAGUUGCAGGACACCAAGCUGCACCUGGAGGGGCAGCAGGGCCGCAACCACGACCUGGAGAAGAAGCAGCGCAGGUUUGAUGGAGAGCUGUCGCAGGCGCACGAGGAGGCGCAGAGGGAGAGGCUGCAGCGGGAGAAGCUGAGCCGUGAGAAGGACGUGCUGGUGGCUGAGGUGUUCGGCCUCAAGCAGCUGCUGGAGGACAAAGAUGCAGACAUCGCCGGGCUGACGCAGCGGGCGGAGGCGCUGGAGGCAGAGCUGCAGGACAUCUCCUGCCAGGAAUCCAAGGACGAGGCGUCUCUUGCCAAGGUGAAGAAGCAGCUGCGCGACCUGGAGGCCAAGGCGAAGGACCAGGAGGAGGAGCUGGAUGAGCAGGCCGGCACCAUCCAGAUGCUGGAGCAGGCCAAGCUGCGCCUUGAGAUGGAGAUGGAGCGGCUGCGGCAGACCCACGCCAAGGAGGUGGAGAGCCGCGACGAGGAGGUAGAGGAGAUCCGGCAGUCGUGCCAGAAGAAGCUGAAGCAGAUGGAGAUGCAGCUGGAGGAGGAGUAUGAGGACAAGCAGAAGGUGUUGAGAGAAAAGCGGGAGCUGGAGAGCAAACUGUCUGCAGUCAGUGAUCAGGCCAACCAGAGGGACUUCGAGACAGAGAAGCGCCUACGCCGCGACCUGAAGAGGACGAAAGCACUGCUGGCCGAUGCACAGAUCAUGCUGGACCACCUGAAGAACAACGCGCCCAGCAAGAGGGAGAUCGCCCAGCUCAAGAACCAGCUCGAGGAGUCCGAGUUCACCUGCGCAGCUGCUGUCAAAGCCCGCAAGUCCAUGGAGGUGGAGAUUGAAGACCUUCACCUGCAGAUUGAUGACCUCUCCAAAGCCAAGGCAGCGCUGGAAGAGCAGCUGAGCCGGCUGCAGCGGGAGAAGAAUGAGGUGCAGAACCGCCUGGAGGAAGACCAGGAGGACAUGAAUGAGUUGAUGAAGAAGCACAAAGCAGCAGUGGCCCAGGCAUCCCGUGACCUGGCACAGAUGAACGACCUCCAGGCACAGCUGGAGGAGGUCAGCAAGGAGAAGCAGGAGCUGCAGGAGAAGCUGCAAGGGCUGCAGAGCCAGCUGGAGUUCCUGGAGCAGUCCAUGGUGGACAAGUCACUGGUGAGCAGGCAGGAGGCCAAGAUCCGUGAGCUGGAGACCAGGCUGGAGUUUGAGCGGACACAAGUCAAGCGCCUGGAGAGCCUGGCCACGCGGCUGAAGGAGAACAUGGAGAAGCUGACGGAGGAGCGGGACCAGCGAGCAGCUGCUGAGAACAGGGAGAAGGAGCAGAACAAGAGGCUGCAGCGGCAGCUCCGUGAUGUCAAGGAGGAGAUGGGAGAGCUGGCCAAGAAGGAGGCAGAGGCCAGCCGCAAGAAGCACGAGCUGGAGAUGGACCUGGAGAGCCUGGAAGCUGCCAACCAGAGCCUGCAGUCAGACCUGAAGCUGGCCUUCAAGCGCAUCGGGGACCUGCAGGCUGCCAUCGAGGAUGAGAUGGAGAGCGACAGCAAUGAGGACCUCAUCAACAGUUUGCAGGACAUGGUGGCAAAGUAUCAGAAAAGAAAGAGUAAACUGGGAGGGAGACGUGCGUGAUGGAGCGCAGCUCGUUGCUUUGAAUGCAACAAGGAGGAUUCCUAUAUAGGAGCCGUAACAGCCCGUCCCGCUCGGGCUGAGCCUGUGGCCGUGCAGAUGGAGCGGCCCUUUAGGAUGGCACUGCCCAGCCCAUCCCCAGCCGCCGUUUAGGAUGUGGGAGCCCGGCGGGGUCAGGGGGGGACGCGGUGCUUCGAUUUCUGAUAGGCGCCGCGAUCUCGCUAAUGAGAGCAGCGCGCGGCCGGCGUGAGCAGAGAUUUACACCGGGAUGCUCUCAACGUGCAGGAAUGGAUUUUGCAAUGCAGACGGCACCUUCGCGCUAAAGGCGAUCAAUACGGUUACCAGCGGCCGUUAUAAAUUAGAUGUUUUAAGGCAGAUAGGGCUUUUUUUAUGUCCGCCCAUAAAUCAGGGGCUCUCUGUCACGGUGGGGCCGUAAAUUUGUCCGUGCGCCCGCUGUGCCGGAGUCGUUUCUGUUCUGCCUGCUAAACUCCUGUUUACCCAGGGACAUCCACGUAGCUCUGCCUCGCGGUAAUUCUGCACUCGGUGGCAGCCUAUAAAACGAACCCACUUAUUUCCUCUCUGUGAGCUCGGCAUCCCCCGUGUUUCUGGAGCCGUGCCCCGCGUGGUUCUCCACCUCGUGGUUGAUUUCCUGGCUAUAGGGCCGUGCACAGCCAGGGCUGUGCUGAGCCCGGUGGCCCCGCAUCCUUCUGGGGGUGGUUUUGGGGCUGUGAGGUCGCAGAGCAUGCGGUGUUCUGAGAUGGAGUGGGGCAGAGGGACGGGGAUGGGUGGCACGAUGUCACACGUCCCUUCACCACAUCCCAGGUACUCAUUGCUGCCUUUCUCCCACCAGCGACGGUGACUCGGACGUGGACUCAGAGCUGGAGGACCGCGUGGAUGGAGUGAAGUCGUGGCUGUCUAAGAACAAAGGCUCCUCCAAAGCGCU